CCUGCAAGCUCAGCUUCCACCCUUUCCGUUCCCUAGUUGGAGAGUGCUGAGGGCGGAGGGAACCCACACUGAAGCAUCACUCCAGACCCCAAACCUCCAGGGCCUGAGGCCUAGCCAGCAUCCAAUGGAGGACAAAAAGAAGAAAAGGAGCCCCAAGCCCUGCCUGACCCAGCCAGCCCAGGCCCCAGGCACCCUACGCAGGGUCCCAGUGCCCACCAGCCACAGCGGCUCCUUGGCCCUGGGGCUCCCUCAUCUGCCAUCCCCCAAGCAGCGGGCCAAGUUCAAGAGGGUAGGCAAGGAGAAAUGCCGCCCGGUGCUGGCCGGAGGUGGGGGCGGCUCUGCAGGCACCCCCCUGCAGCAUUCAUUCCUGACGGAGGUGACCGACGUCUAUGAGAUGGAGGGAGGGCUGCUGAACUUGCUCAAUGACUUCCAUUCAGGCCGGUUGCAGGCCUUCGGAAAGGAAUGCUCCUUUGAGCAGUUGGAGCACGUGCGGGAGAUGCAGGAGAAGCUGGCCCGGCUGCACUUCAGCCUGGACGUGUGUGGGGAGGAAGAGGAAGAGGAGGAAGAAGAGGACGGGGUCGCUGAGGGGCUGCCAGAGGAGCAGAAGAAGACCAUGGCUGACCGCAACUUGGACCAGCUGCUCAGCAAUGGGACUUGACUGUGUAUAUGCAGUGCAUGCCUCAGAGAGAAAAUCAGCUUCUGCCUCCCCACCACCCUCCAGGAAUAUUCACAUGUAAUCAACAUCCUUAUCCCUUUAGUCAUAAUGAGUCAGAAUUAGCCACAAACUGCCCCUACCCAGGUAGAGAAAUGCAUCAAGAAUUCCCUAAAUAUUAGAGAAAGACAGUUGUGGGGUUUGCCUGCUUGUCAGUGUUUGCAAGUAACUUAGCUGAUACCAUUCCAUGGCGAAUCUUGUCUGAUAUCUUCCUACUCUUCAGCAUUUUUACUUACAUUAUUUCUGCAUCUCAUCCUACUCAGAAGUAGUGGCAGUCCAUGCACCCGCAUGAUCUAAACCAAAAGCGAAGGGGGAAAGCCACCUAGGAAGAAGGGCAGAUGAGGAGUCAAGCCCAGACCACGAACCACCCCAGAGUCCCUGGCCCCUACCCCUUUGCACAGUUGGGGGAAACUAAGCCUGCGAAGGUUGGGAAAAUAGGGUUGGAAGGACUGGGGUUCAAAGCAUCACAAUCCUGGACUUCCCACUGUAGCACAGUGGGUUAAGAAUCUGUCUUGGGAGUUACCGUGGUGGCUCAGCAGAAACGAACCCGACUAGUAUCCAUGAAGAAACAGGUUCUAUCCCUGGCCCGGUUCAGUGGGUUAAGGAUCUGGUGUUGCCAUGAGCUGUGAUGCAGGUCACAGACUCGGUUUGGAUCCCGCGUUGCUGUGGUUGUGGCAUAGGCCAGCAGCUGUAUCUCCUAUUUGACCCCUUUACUGGGAACUUCCAUAUGCUGCACCUGUGGCUCUGGAAAAAAAAAAAAAAAAAAAAAAAGGAAAACCUGCCGCCUUGGCAGAGGCCCUGAUUCAACCUCUGCGCCUGCGCAGUGGGUUAAGGAUCCCAGGGUAGCAGCUGGGGCUUGGAUUCGAUCCCUGGCCCAGGAGCUUCCAUAUGCUCUGGGUAUCAAAACAAAAAACACAAAACAAAAAUAAACAAAAAAAGGCAUCACCAUCCUUGACUGGCACAGACAGAAGCUGCACCUGGCCGAGAACACCGAGCCUGAGGAGCCAUCAGCUGUGUAGUCGUCGGACCCAGGCCCAGACUGCCCCUUCUCAUUCCUUUAAAACUGUGACUUUUUAUGAGCUCGACUGGAUGUUCCGCGGGCCCCCUCCAGGUGCUAUGGGGGAGGGGGAACUGGAUGGAAUUAAACCGGAAAGAAGCAAGCG